ACGGCGCGGCGCGGCUCGGGCAUCACCCUGGGAAUAGAGAAAUACCUGGAAAAGAAGGUUUGAGCGGAAACAGGCCUCAACAGCAGCUUCGUGUUUUUGAGGGAUUUUUUUUUUUUUUUUUUUUUUUUUUUUUUUGCACACAAGCGAGGACGGGGGGAGUGCGCCCACCGCGUUGCGGGUGUAUGUGCGUGCGUUUGGAUCACGAUGAUGCAAAGUGCGGCGGUUCUACCGACAGAGAGUCCUGUAAAGAGUUUACCGGAGAUUCUCGGUGUGCCACUGCAGCAGAUCCCUCAGUGUGCAGGCUGCAGUCAGCACAUCCUGGAUAAGUUCAUCCUGAAGGUGCUGGACAGACAUUGGCACUCCAAGUGCCUCAAGUGCGCAGACUGCCAGACCCCGCUGGCGGAUAAAUGCUUCUCCCGGGCAGGCAGCGUCUACUGCAAGGAGGACUUUUUCAAGCGUUUUGGAACAAAAUGCGCCUCAUGCCAGCAGGGCAUCCCUCCGACGCAGGUGGUGCGGAAGGCGCAGGACUUUGUGUAUCACCUGCACUGCUUCGCCUGCAUCAUGUGCAGCAGACAGCUGGCCACCGGCGACGAGUUUUACCUCAUGGAGGACGGGAGGCUGGUGUGCAAGGUGGAUUAUGAGACCGCCAAACAGAACGAUGAUUCAGAGGGUGGGACCAAACGACCAAGGACCACCAUCACCGCCAAGCAGCUGGAGACCCUCAAAAGUGCCUACAAAAACUCGCCAAAGCCAGCGCGCCACGUCAGAGAGCAGCUGUCCUCUGAGACAGGCCUGGACAUGAGGGUGGUGCAGGUUUGGUUCCAGAACCGGCGAGCAAAGGAGAAGCGUCUAAAGAAAGACGCCGGUCGCCACCGUUGGACUCAGUUCUAUAAAAGUGUCAAACGCAGCAGAGGAGGAACCAAAGUGGAGAAGGAGAGCUCGGCUGACGAUGCAGGGCUCAGCGACAGCGAGCUGAGCUUCAGAGAUGACCAAGUCUUGUCUGACCUCAGCCACGCGAACGGCCUUUACGGGAGCGUGGGAGACAUGACCAGCAGCGCCGUCCUGAACGGCGGCUUCUCCGUCGACGCAGCGGGACAGCCCUACCAAGACAUCCGGCCAGGGAGCCCCUACGGCCUACCACAGUCACCUUCCUCCAUCACCUCCCUGCCCGGCCACACGCCUCUCCUCAACAACCUGACCUUUAACAUGGACAGUCUGGUGGCGCAGGGGGGCCCGGGCGGAGUGGGACAGGCUCUGAGGGCCAUGGCGGGGGGCCCCACCUCAGACCUCUCCACGGGCAGCAGUACGGGAUACCCUGACUUCCCCACCAGCCCGGCCUCCUGGCUGGAUGAGAUGGACCAUUCCCAGUUUUGAGCCUCCAGCUCAGCAGAAGAACCACUAUGAGGAUUUAUCAAAAGGACACGACAGAUUUUUUUUUUUUUUUUACAUUUCUUUCCUUCGCCCUGCGAGACUUGCUGUGCUUUGUGUUGCUUGGUGGAGAGAAAAAGCUUGACUGGAGUCCAAACAGUGAGAUAACAACCAGGCUGGAAGGUGCAGACUGGACUAAAGCAGUAAAGCAACACAUGAAUGUUCAAUCUCAACACCACAUCAUCACCAUCAUUUUUUCUUUCUUUUUUUUUUUAAUUAUUGCCUGUUUUUAUUUCGUUCAAUCGCUUCAAAGGAGACUAAACUCCAGAAACAUUGGUGGACUGUGCUCAAACACACAGGUCAGGGCCGUCAUUUGUACCGGGCCCAGAAGGCAGCUGCAUGCUUCUGAUUCACAAUGAGUUGAACUGCUGGCCGGCUGGCCGCACCGGAGCCUUCACAUUGGCAUUGCACUUUACUCUCCUCUUCUUUUUCUACAUGGACGGACAGGAGUGCAGAGGAGAGAGACGUAUGCACAAGGCAAACAGUGUUUCACUCGGAGAAAAACUUACAAGAGCAGUGGCACAAGCGUGAAUCUAGAAACAUGUUCAUGUUUUUUUUCCUUUUUUUUUCUGUUUAGUUUUUUCACGUGUUACCGACAAAGUGUUUUGAGAAAUGGUCUGAUCUGCUGAUCUGUGCAUCCAGAAAUUGUUUUAAUGAGGGCGUUUUGAGACAAAGCGGUCAUAUUUACAGAAUUUAACCUGAGUAAAAGACGCUUCAGAGAAGAAAUCCGUUAGUAUUAAACCCUUUUUCACACGAAGGAGCCGAAACUUCCAGUAUAGAUCAUAUUUCUGCAUUCAUUUAUCCUUCAGAUGCAGAGAUAUAAAACAUGUCGUUUCUGUAAUAAAUAAAAACACCAACAAGUAUUAAAAGCAACAAAGAACCCCCCCUCUUGUGUUUGCUCUCUUCAGUCAGAACCAGCCUUCUCCUGAUAAUCUUCUCAGUCAGCAGCAGCCUCAGCUCUGCCUGCUGUCAACCUACUUCCCCCAACUCCAGAUGUGAUGUCGGCCCUUUGUACCAGAGGGAUUAACACAGUCUGCCACAUUUGGAGCUGAUAAUUCAGCAUCCGAGCUGGAUCGGCUGCAGAGAUCAGUCACCGCCAGCUCCAGCUUCACAAAUUAUUUGCUACAAGAAGAAUAUCUCAAAAGUAAAUACCGCCCCCGCCCCCGCCGUGAGCUGCGUUUAAGUUGUAAAGUUAUCUAACAGUUUCAUGCUUGUGCAGGAAAAUGCAUCCUCCCAGAUCUCAUCUCUGCUCCUGUCUCUGAUCUGAGGACAAACCGGUCGAUGUGAGCAACUUUUUGGAGAAAACGAAAUGCCAAGUCGUCUUCUUUUUUUUUCUUUUUUCCCUCAUAUUUUACCUCAAGGCAAAUCAAAUAACAGGCAGUGACACAAUUACAGAUUACAGCCCACAAAUUACAAUGUGUUUACCUCUUAAAAUCACAAUACUUUUAACAUGUGUGUGAAACAGACAAGCCAGGAGAGGGGAAGGAAAAAAUUUGGCCUUUAAAAUGGAUCUUUAUUUUUUAAAGUGCUUAUUUAUGCAUAAUUUAUUUUGACUUUUUUUUUAAUAAAGGUUUUUUGAUUAUUAACUAUUAAGACCUUACUUAAAAAAUACAUGAGUUAGAAAAGUGAAAAAUGCCAUGUAUUCAUGCAUUCAGUGAUGGCAGGUAAUUCCAGUUAGUUUAUGCUAUGUAAAUAAAAAGCAGAAUCCCUCCAAUUAUAGACGUGUGUCACAGCUUUGUUCCCUGCACAAACCAGUGGAUGCGCAGUGAAUGCUGCCCACGGCUGAAUUACAAAGUAAUUUGUCGGCUGAAAUCUGGGAUUUUAGAGGAAAACAACACAGAAAACCCAUCAUCGAAGCAGUUUUGUUCAAUCUGUUUUGCCUCAGAAGUUUGCAUCUUAUUGUAAAUUUUGUACAGUUUGAAAACGUGUAGAUUGUCUUGUUUCAUGAGUGCUAUUUAUUAUUAUUAUUAUUAUUAUUAUUAUUAUUAUUAUUAUUAUUAUUAUUAUUAUUAUUAUUAUUAUUAAUUAUUAAUUAUUAUUGCCAUGUGUCUUUGAAAAAGAUGUAAAAGAGAGCACUGAAUUUAUUCAUUUAUGCCUUCUGUGUAAUGGUAUGAACCGUGUACAGUUAAAUCUAUAUGAGGAAAAUAAAGCUGAAUUGUCUUUGGUUA